GGUUGACACAUGUAGUAACAGAGAAUGGUUGAAUAUGGUAUUUUUAAAAAAUAUUUGAGAUAUUCGAUACAGUCAUCAGUCCAUUGAAAUCGAAUCGCGAUGGCCACCAAGACGAAACGAAGACACUUUGAAUUUGCAAUUCCAUUUGAAGACAGCGAACAGAGUAUCCUCAAAAUACUUUAUGAAAUCAAGCCAGAGUGGUCUGGAAGGAAACUACAAUUUAAGAAUUUUACCGAAGGCAUUAGCAACAAAUUAAUUGGCUGCAUGUUGCAAAAUGGUUCGGAGAGCAAUCUUAUAAUGUUCAGACUAUAUGGAAAUCAAACAGAAUUAUUCAUCGAUAGAAAGCAAGAGCUAAUAAAUGUGGAGUUUCUACACUCGCAGGGAUAUGCUCCUAAAUUGUAUGGCACCUUUGAGAACGGAUAUUGCUGUGGCUUCAUUCCUGGUCGAACACUUGAGACAGAGGAAAUGUCGGACAAGCACUUCAGUGAACUGAUUGCCAAGAAAUUAGCCCGCGUUCACGCGAUAGAGUUGCCAAGCGAUUUUGAAACUAGCGAGCCUUGUGUUUUUAAAAUGAUUGGGAAGUUUCUUAGUGUUCUGCCUGAAAGAUUCGAAGAUGAUUUGAAACAGGAAAGGUACAAAAAGGAACUUCUAAGUAAGAUAAAUGUGGUGGAUGAACUGAAACUUCUCAAAGACCUGCUUAGUGAAGCUGAUGUGCCUCUAACUUACAGUCAUAAUGAUUUACUGGUCAAGAACAUCAUAUACAACAAAGAUGAAGAUAAAAUUUCUUUUAUUGACUACGAAUAUGGUGCGUAUAAUUUCAGUGCGUUUGACAUUGGAAACCACUUUAAUGAAUUUGGAGGUGUUGUCAUUGAUCCAGAUUAUAGUUUAUAUCCUGGUAGAGAAUUUCAGAUGAGAUGGUUGAGAAUAUAUUUGGAGGAGAAAGCAAAAGUUCAAGGAACAGGAGAGGUAGUCACUGAAGAGCAAAUUAAAAAAUUAUAUGUUUAUGUCAACCAAUUUGCGCUGGUAUCGCAUUUGUUUUGGGGAGUCUGGGCAUUACUUCAAGCAAAUUUCUCCUCAAUUGAUUUCGACUUUCUUGAAUACAGCAAAAAUCGCCUUUACGAGUAUCUUCGUAGGAAAGACGAUUUUCUAAAUUUAUAGAUGAAGUCGAUAUAUUACAUAUUAACAAUAAUUUCAUAUAGCAUCAUUCACAUGGGACGCGGUAUGAUAAAAUUGUUUUAAUUAUUGCAUGGUAAUAUAGGUGAAAAAUUCUUGACGUUGCUUGCCAAGAAAGAGUGGCACUAUUAUAUUAUUAACAAUGUUUCUUUCUUUUUCUUAAUUUUACUAUGCAUGGGUAUUCGAGGAAAAAUUUUACAUGAUAUCUGUAUAACAUUUUCUAAUACACCUACUAGUAUAAUUAUUGAGCACGUCAGCACACGUCAGUGAUGUUUUUUUAUAAUAUAUUCGACAAAUGAUGUACCCCAUUGUAAUUUUAAAUUUAAUAUUUGUCACCACGUUCGUGUCAAGUUGCUGUAUUAGU